AUGGCUGUCUCGCAAUCCCUAAUGGCAUCUGGGAAAGACAUGAGUUUGGCCAACGAGGCUGCUCUAUUGGAGUAUCCUCUCACGUCAGAUGGGUCUCUCUUGAUCAUCUCAGUAGCUCAAUGGCCUGGUCAAAUUUCUUCUGUUUGUACAAAGCGUUGGCCUCGGCCUUGCUCGGCGGUCUUGGCUGGCUCAGCGUCCUUCAUCUCAACGUCGGCAGCAGCUGGCUCUGCUGACCCAGUUGGCUCGGGAGCAGGAGGAGCCCCGCUCAUGUCGACGCCGAGAAUAGCAGCCAAAACAGUCAUCAGUCUCUGGUCGGUGAACAUGUCGGUGCUCAACGAGGCAGGAUUGGUGCGCAGCUUCUUCACCUUCUCAACAAGAGCAGGAUCUUUCAUCAAUUCAGCGGUCUUCGGAUUGGCCUUAAGCUUGUCGAUUAAAUUAGGGUCCGAGAAAAUCUUGGCCAUACCCAUAGUUGGGUCGCCCUCGGCCAUCUUGGCGUCCGUAAUAGCGUCCAGUCCGCUCUUGGCCAUCGCAUUGGAAGGAUCAAGCUCCAGAGCCUUUUCAUAA